GAGGUCUGCAGCCCUACAUACGGAUCGUUACUCGGUCAAGGUGAAAACAAACUGUGGGAGGAUGUUUGAAUCCUCUGCUCAGUCAGGUAUAGGAACACAGACUUCCACAGAAGCAGGGAGGGGCUGGAGAAAGAGAAGAGGUGUGAUUACUCAGGAAACUUUGACAGGUGUGUGUGUGUGUGUGUGUGUGUGUGAGAGAGACAAACAGGGAGGAAACAGGAAUGAGGAGAUCAGGAUGAGGCGGAGGAUAUGUUUCUUUCUUCUCUGCGUGUGGAGAUAAAGGAGACGCUGAGGGAGGAAGAGGAGAUCAGACAGACUGAGGGACGGGAUGAAGGACCGCAGAGGAACGCAGGAUUAUGAGGGAGGGAGUUUCAUGUGCAUCUCGCUGGAGGAGAUGGAGAGUUACUACAGAUACAGCAAGUGCUGCCAGCAGCUGCAGAAUGACAUCGUGCACAGGGAGGAUCCUCCUCUGUUUGCAGCAGAAAUCGGCUCCGAGCUGCAGAAACAGUUUGCCAUCCUGCCAGGCGGCCGCGGGAUGAACGGCAGCCCCGUCAUGGUCUUCCCAGAGUUCCCAGCUUUCAGCGAGCUGGAGGAGGAGGAGAUGCAGAACGUCUUUAGCUACCUCACUCGUGUCCCCAGCGUUGCAGCCUCAGGAGAGGGUUUCAUCCUGGUCAUCGACAGACGACUGGACCGAUGGGCUGCCGUCAGGGCUACCCUGCUCCGCAUCGCUGGUUCAUUUCCAGGGAACUUACACUUGGUUCUGGUGUUGCGUCCCAAUACUUUGUUCCAGCGGACUCUGUCAGACUUCUUGUUCAAGUUCAACAAGGAUGAGUUCAAGAUGAAGGUGGUGAUGCUGAGUUCAGUGACUGAGCUCCAUGCUUAUAUCGACCCGGGACAAUUGACCCCAGAGUUUGGAGGCACGCAGGAGUACUGCCAUGAGAGCUGGAUCUCACAUCGCACUGCAAUCGAAGCGUUCGCCCUCAUGGUGAAGACGACGGCUCAGACCCUGCAGGCGUUCGGCACGGAGCUCGCAGAGACAGAAUUACCGAACGACGCCGAGGCCACCACCAACCUGCUGCACGCACACACGCUGAAGAAGGACACUAUGAAGGAGGACCUGCAGGUGGCGCUGUCUCAAGGGGGACGCCUGCUGGAGUGCAUUAAUGAGCCUCUGCAGACAGAACCUGAGUACAGCAUGACCUACGAUGAACUGGAAAACUUAGCGACUGUACAGAGACUCCUGGGCCAGCUGGACGAAACAGAGACGGCGUUUGACGACUUCUGGGAGCGCCACCGCACCAAGCUGGAGCAGUGUUUACAGCUCCGACAUUUUGAGCAGCACUUCCGUGAAGUGCGAGGCCAGCUUGACGCAACAUCAGAGCGUUUGUCCGGCUUCUCAGAGGUCAGCGUUAACCCCGCGCACGCCGAGCACGUCCUCCGAGAGCUCAGCGGCCAUGAGAGCAAAGCCUGUGACAUACUCGACUGCGCCCUGUCGCUGGCCAGUGAGGGCGACCUCCUGAUAGAAAACUCCCACUACGCCGAGGACUCCAUCAGGCCGAAGUGCAGCGAGCUGAGAGGAGUGUGUGAGGAGAUCGGCUCCACUCUGAGGAGCAAGAAGAACCUCCUGCUCAGAGCCAUGGAGCUCCACCAAGCUCUGGAGAAGGCGUCUCGGUGGUGUGAGGAGGGGAUCUUCCUGUUGGCGAGCCAGCCGGUUGACCGCUGUCAGUCUCAGGACGGAGCCGAAGCAGCUCUGCAGGAGCUGGAGCGAUACCUGGACACGGCUGCACCGCACACGCUCGCUGACUGCAGCGCCAUCUGCUGCCAGUACGAGCCGGUGCUCACUCCUCAGCUCAGGGACCAGGUGGAGAGAGUUUUCCAGAAGCAAACAUCCGUCCAGGAGAUGUUCGAGAAGAGACGCAUCAGUCUGAAGAAACUCGCCGCCAAACAGACCAGACCAGUCCAGCCAGUGGCCCCCAGACCUGAAGUCAAGUCUCCUCUCUCCUCUCCCAAUCAACAGAGAAAAGAGAGAAGAUACUCUGCGGAUAAUGUCAUCUGCAAAAAGGCGGAGUCUCCCGUGCUAAACGGCGGCACCAGACAUGCGUCCCUCUCAGAAGAAGAAGAGAAUCUGGCUGUGCUUCGUCGCCACGUGAUGAAUGAGCUGCUGGAGACGGAGAGGGCGUACGUGGAGGAGCUGCUGUGUGUGCUGGAGGGCUACGCAGCAGAGAUGGACAACCCGGCCAUGGCGCCCCUCAUCCCGAACACGCUGCUCAGCAAGAAGGACGUCCUGUUUGGAAACAUGUCUGAAAUCCACCAGUUUCACAAGAGGACGUUUCUGAAGGAGCUGGAAGCGUACACCGACUGCCCAGAACUGGUGGGCCGCUGCUUUUUAGAGAGGAUGAAGGACCUGCAGAUCUACGAGGCGUACUGUCAGAACAAACCUCGCUCUGAGAGCCUGUGGAGACAAUGCUCCGACUGUGCCUUCUUCCAGGAGUGCCAGAAGAAGCUGGAACAUAAACUUGGUUUGGACUCCUACCUCCUCAAACCCGUCCAGAGAAUCACCAAGUACCAGCUCCUGCUCAAGGAGAUGUUGAAGUACAGUAAGGGCUGUGACGGCAGCGACCACCUGCAGGAAGCUCUCUCGUCCAUCCUCGGGAUCCUGAAAGCUGUUAAUGACUCCAUGCACCUCAUCGCCAUCACAGGAUACGAGGGUAACCUGUCAGAGCUCGGCCGCCUGCUGAUGCAGGGCUCCUUCAGCGUGUGGACGGAGCAUAAGAAAGGGCACGCCAAGGUGAAGGACCUGGCUCGGUUUAAGCCCAUGCAGCGGCACCUGUUCCUGCACCAGAAGGCCCUGCUCUUCUGUAAGAGGAGGGAGGAGAACGGGGAGGGAUACGAGAAAGCUCCGUCGUACAGCUUCAAACACUCGCUCAGUAUGAGCGCGGUGGGUUUUACAGAGAACGCGAAAGGGGACAACAAGAAGUUUGAGAUUUGGUGCAACUCCAGGGAUGAAGUUUUUAUAGUGCAGGCUCCGACGCCGGAGAUUAAAACAACGUGGGUGAACGAGAUCCGGAAAGUUCUGACGCAGCAGCUCAAAGCCUGCAGAGAUGCCAGCCAGCAGAAGAUCUCAGACUCUGUCUCUCCAAGUCCCACCAGCAACAACACGUCCAUCUCCCUCAGUCCCUUUCGUAGCAACGGUCAGAAAAACCAGAAGAAGCAGGAGGAGAAGAAGGUGGAGCCGAGCACAAUAUCAGACGUCAACUCAUCGCCCAAACACAGAGAUGAACCGGUGACCAGCCCGACCACUGACAGGUCCUCAGUGGCUAAAAAGCGUUUUACUUUGCAGGGCUUCAGCAAUCUCAAGAGUCCCAAAGGCUCCACCCUGAGCCCCGAGCACGCCUCCAAACGCCACUUGGUCAAGAGUGACCCCACCCCGUUUGGGUUCAAAGGCUGGAACAAGGCGUCUCUCUCUGUGGACGCCUCAGAGGAGAACGAUGGGUACUCGAGCAGUGAGGACCCCAUCACGUCCGAGCCCGAGGACGACGUGGGGAAGAAACUGGCUCCGGGGAAGUACACGGUGGUGGCGGACUGUGAGAAGGCGGGACCUCAGGAGCUGUCCGUCAAGAGUGGAGACAUGGUGCAGCUAAUCAGAGAAGGAGAGGAGGGACAGUGGUUUGUGAAGAACCUCCGCACCAGUAAGGAGGGCUGGGUGGCAGCAGCAAACCUCCUCAGCCUCAUCUCAGAGUCCAAGUCGUCGCAGUCGCUCAGCAGCUCAGAUGGCAGCGUCUCCGGUAACAUCAGCACUUCUUCCAGCUGCAGUGAGACUUACACCAGCUACUCCGACAUCAAACCCUGACGCCUCCAUCCCUCCCUCGACUGAAAAAACAAACAUUUUCCCCCCGUGGAUUUACAAACCCAGAGAGCUGACCCUGACAGGAGGAGGAGGACGGGGAUCAUCACAUCCACCUUACAGUUUGUCAGAGUCAAGCAGAAAAACCAAAGCUGCCCUCGUAUCUGAAUGUUCCCAGUGUUUUAGUUUAGACUGAAUCUGCAGCGUUACUCUCUCUUCUCGUUCAAAACAUUUCCUGUACUUCACAUAUUUUGGGAUCUUAAUUUUAGAUCCCAACAUAUGUAAAACAACAGGUUUAAAAAUAACACUCUGUAAAUGUAUGUUAGGUAUUUUUGCUGUUCAUUCCAGUGACAGAAAAUUCAUAUUCUUUAAAUACCAAUGAAUACUAGUUCCUCAACGAGCACGUUUAAGUCACCCGCCGUGUUUCCUCCUGUCAGGCCCUCCUCACUUACGUCUGUAAACGCCACAGAGAAGCUUCAAUAACCCCUCGGAUCAUGUAGCAUCAAAUCAGACAGAUUGAAAGAGUAUCUGCAUUAAAAAAACGCGAGCUGUCAGCAGCUUAAAAAACUGUUCAAACCUCAACCUUCCUGAACCUUACAAGUGGACAACAUCUCGGCAAAGCAGCAGGUUGAUGUGUGAAACAUCCUCUUAUUGGCUCUUCACACUGUGAAAAGUGGCAGCUGGCUGCAAAAAGAAAAAUACUUAAGAGUGGUGUCAGUGGAUUUAAUGCGUCAGUGUUCGUCCCAUUCAUGAUAGUUAAUUAGCCCCUCCCUUCAGCUUGGUGUACUGGUGUUAACUGAACACGCACUCCACGAGAACGGCAGCUUGGAACAACUUCUAAACCUCCUUUUGUUUCGCUUAGUGAUUUAGCAACUCGUCUCUGAUUUGCUCUGGAGUCACCUCUCAGGAAGCCCUAGAAGUCGUGUGGGCAGGCAGGUGUGACUGCAUGCCUGCGUGUGUCACCUGAAAUGUCUUUGUGUGUGUGUGUGUGUGUGUGUGUGUGUGUGUGUGUGUGUGUGUGUGUGUGUGUGUGUGUGUGUGUGUGUGUGUGUGUGUGUGUGUGUGUGUGUGUGUGUGUGUGCUGCCGAAGUAACAACAAGAUUAUGUCCCUGAAGAGCCCGACCAAUAUUUUUGUUUUACGAUACAGCUCAACCAGCCACCAUAAAUCAGAAGGAAAAUGUACUUUAGGUGCAGAUAAAAUAAAGCUUUUAACAGAGCAAGGACUGAUGACCAAACAAUACAAACAUAGGAAAAAUGUAAACAACAAAUCCCUCAUCUGUCGGCCUCUAACUGCAUAUCUUUUCCAACUGUAUUAAAGUAAAACACACUUAGUUUAUUUUCACAUCAGACAGAGAAAAAAAGCAGCAAAUACACAAAUUUUAGAGCCUUAAAGUAGGUAAGAACUGCUGCUGUGCUUACACAAUAAAAAAACAAACAAAGGUGGAGGAUUAGAGCCUGAGUGAUAUUUAUGUUGUAGCCCAUCACAGGAAUAUAGGCAUCAUCAUCAGUGCAUCCUCGCUCGAUUUUAUACAAUCAUGGCAGCACUUUCUGCAGCUCGUGCAGUGUGGUGUUUAAUUCUGCAGCACCUUUUGCAUUGUCAUAUUGCUGCACAGUCCAACUGGGAAGAUAUUCCACUUCAUUUUAAAUGUGUUAAUCGAUGCCCUCUGUAUCCACAUGAGUCAGGCUCUUAUCUCUUAGAAGUUACACUGAAGCUAAAAGUUCAUUCUCAUGAAUGUGCAUGCUGGAUUUAUUUUCUAAAAAGGUCAAGUUUAUUGAUGAAGACAAAUGCACAUCCAAACCUCUUCAUCGUGAUCAAGUUUUAUGCGACGGCCUCUCCCCUCACCUAUCUUUGCUCUGCACUGCAGCAACAAAGGCCGUCUUUGUCCCCUCCCUGCGCUCCCAGCCCCGCUCAGGCAUGUGACAGUAUCUCCACCUCUCUCUCUCUCUCUGAGCUAACCGGGCCCUGUCAGACCUCCAGGACAUGUUUGCAGUGCACCACCAGCCUGAGAGCAAUAUUUGCUUACUUGACACCUCAAUGUAGCUGAGUAAUCUUCACGGUGGAAGGAAGCUCGAUAGCUGUGUUGUAAAAAUGAGGAUGUUUAUAUAGUUUGAUAACACAACCAGCUGCUGUGACGCUCUUCUUUAUACACAAAACUUGUGCUGUUCUGAUCACUGAAUGACACCUUUUUAUUACAUGUUUUUUCCACAGUAAACAUGUUUUUUAUACCACAAAAUUUCUACUGAAUCCAGAAGGCCGCUGUAAAACAAUCUCCUCCUUUUUCCGUCUUAAAUGUUGAAUGUUUGACUCUGUUAUGAACUCAGCCCCACCUGUGCAUUCCUUGGUUCAGAUUGUAUUCGUCCGCUGGAUUUACAAACUAAGUUGAGCUGUGGUUUCGGCCUCUUUGCUGAUGUAAAACCAGGAUUUUAAUCGAAUGUGGGUGUCCCUGUGGAAGGAGAGCGUUGUAGAAAAAAUAAGAAACUACUUAACGGGCCUCUUGGUGUCAAACUGUGGCUGGUAUUAUGUGUCGUAAAAUCUGUAAGAAUGAGAAAUGUGUGUUAUCCUUGUACAGAUCUUAUACCUCACAUUGUUUUCCUCCAGCGCAUGUAUAUUGUGAAGAGGUUUAUGGGGUUUUUGUGAGUCUUCUUGUCUCUCUGUACAUCCGCAUGUUCUUCAAAGAUAUCAUUUAAAACUCUCACGUUAUCGCCCCUGAAUGAGAUAAGUAUUUUUUACCAGGCACUGUUGUAAUGUGUGAGAGUUUUUUUUUUUUUGCCCUCUUGUAAAAGCUGACACGGGCACUAAACUUGUCAGUGUUUUGUCAUGAUCACAUAAUGUUGAAUUAUUUGUAUUUUCGACUUGAAAGGCCGGAGAAAUGAGAAGGGUUACUAUAUUUUUUAGUUUCUUUUUAUGCAGCACAUUGCAGCAACCACUGUCUUUAUUUUCCUAUUGUAUCUACUGAGUAUGGUGUUGAUAUAAAUAUAUUAUAAUGAGACAUAUCAGUGUAUAUUUGUACAUAUGUAAUUCUGAAUUGUAUGUAAAAUAAAAUGCAGCUUUAAUAAAGUCUGAGACAGUUUCCUCUA